GUAUCCAAGCGCCCCUGGUCUGAAGUCGACCUGGAAGCCGCCGAGGUGGGCCGCCUACUCACAGAGUGGGAGAAGUCGAUCCAGACCACCAUCAUGCUGGCUUCGAGCGCGAAAACAGAUGUGGCCAUGAAGCGCCUAGCACUGAAGCGCAUCACCUCCGACGUGGGUGUGAAAGGGCUCGAGGCCUUGAACGGUGCAGCGGGUGAGGUCGAAGGAGUUGGUUCUCGUUUGGCGAAGCUGAAAGCCAAAGUCGUGGAG